AUGACUCGGAGACCGGUCCGCAGUUCGGCGUCUCGCCUGGUGCCUCGCACCUACACUCUGCAGGCGGCAUCGUCGGCCACGACGACGCCCAUGAGCUCCGCCUAUCCGUCGACCAACAACUCAGAGGCCGAAGCCGACGACGAGGUGGCCAAGAUCUCUCUCGCCUCCCUCACACUCGACACCCCGCUCGUACCUCUCCGCCACGCCCGCCGCGUGCCCAAGAAGCCCUUCCCCUUCCUGUCACUGCCCUCGGAGCUCCGCGUCAAGGUCUACCAACACUUCUUCGCCGGCACGGACCCAGUCCUCGACCUGUCCCCGGAUAACUACAAGCGAAUCCACAAGCACCUUGGGCUAUUGCGCGUCUGCCGCCUGAUUCGUGCAGAGGCCACCCACUUCUUCUACAGCACGCGCUCCUUCCGCCUCUUCCCCACCUAUCCGGGCCGUUACUUCAAGUCCAAGCGCCCGUUGCUGGCGCGCCUGAAGCCCGGCCUGAGGGAAUGCAUCACUACCCUCGAACUGCGCCUGGGCCCGGGUUGGAAUGCGCCGCCCAGAGGUUGGGUUGUCAACGACGCGCUCGGCCUCAAGGACUGCGUCAGCGUGCGCAAGCUGUCCGUCUUUGUCGAGUGCGAUCCUAGCGAUGGCUUCUAUAAAGGGUUCCGGCGCUCCGAGGGCUUUUACGAAGGUUUCAGCCGCCAGCUGCUUGGCAGUGUCAUCGACGCGCUACCGCACCUUGCUGUCAUCGAGUUUGACGGCUUUUCGGGCGUCAAGAAGAGCGGUGCCAUGAUGCACGGUUUGCUCGACGUCGCGGCCCAGUCUGGGCAUCUCAUCCGCUGGGGCCCUGAGCACGGCUGGACGGAUGCUGACGAGGACGAGGAGCCACCCAAGGCGGGUGCCAGCGAGAAAUCGGCAGCGUUAUACUUGAACGGGCUAGCCAUGCAAGGCUACGCCCAGAAUAUGCCGGUCGCAGCAUCGUAAUCAGCG